CCAGAUUCCAAAUGCGCGACAGAUUCUUCAUCGCGACUAUGGGGCUUGGGACUUCGCGAUUGCAUGUCAGAAAGUGGAUCCUCAUGGUUAUCAUGCGCCUUGGAUUCUUCGCGACCGCACUCAUAAUUACGUCAGCUAAGGAACUAAUACCUCGCGCUCGAGUGAUGGCCUGACGCACCUCUUUUUGGCCACGGGCAAAUUGUAUCUGAGUCUGCUCACCCUUGAGAAACACUGUUGCUUCAACGAGGGUUGAAAGAAUUGAAUUGCAUCUUCCAUAGAAUCCUGAGACGAGUGGCACACAUGUUUCAUGUGUCCAAAGUCGAACCGGCCGAGAAAACGCCUGGCAAAGCCACCUUCUCGUUCUAGCUAG